AAAGGAUCACGGCUUUUUUAGGCCCAAAUUUAAAAUAGCGAAAAAGCCCAAAACCAUUUACUCCUCUCCUCUCUCCUCGUCUCCUUCCCCCAAUCCUGCGACCUCUCCUCUCUCCUCUCUCUCCUCCGCCAUGGAUUCGGCGGUGAAGGACAUCAAGUCGAAGGCGGAGCUCGACGAGGCCGUCAAUGGAGCCUCCCCGGUGAUCCUCCACUUCUGGGCGUCGUGGUGCGAGGCCUCGAAGCCGAUGGACCAGGUCUUCUCCCACCUCGCCACCGAUUUCCCCCACGCCCGAUUCUUCCGGGUGGAAGCAGAAGAACAGCCUGAAAUAUCAGAGGCUUAUGCAGUUUCAGCAGUGCCUUAUUUUGCUUUUUGCAAGGAUGGUAAAAUUGUUGAUACCCUGGAAGGUGCAGACCCAGCCAGUUUGGCUAACAAAGUUGCAAAAGUUGCUGGACCCGCUAACCUAGCUGAGUGUGCUGCUCCCGCCAGCCUUGGGGUCGCUGCUGGCCCUGCAGUGAUUGAAAAAGUUCAAGAGCUCGCCAAGCAAAACGGUUCUUCUCAAACCGUAAGCCCAAGGUCCGACCUCAGCGAUUCAUUGAAGGAGCGGCUACAACAGCUUGUGAACUCGCACCCUGUUUUCCUUUUCAUGAAAGGAAAUCCCGAGCAACCAAAAUGCAGGUUCAGUCGUAAAGUUGUCGAAAUUCUGGAGGAGGAAGGAGUUCAGUUCGGUAGCUUUGAUAUACUCUCAGAUAAUGAAGUCCGUGAAGGGAUGAAGAAGUUCUCCAACUGGCCAACUUUCCCACAGCUCUUUUGCAAGGGCGAGCUUAUCGGUGGCUGUGAUAUUGUAGUUGCUAUGCAUGAAAGCGGCGAAUUGAAAGAUGUAUUUAAAGAAAAUGAUAUUCCUAUUCAAUCUCAAGAAUCAAAAGGGGGUUCAGACUCCACGGGCCUAAGUGCUACAUUGGCAUCACGCCUUGAAACCCUGAUUAAUUCGAGUCCUGUCAUGGUGUUUAUGAAGGGGACUGCUGAAGAACCCAAAUGUGGGUUUAGUAACAAAGUCGUCGAAAUUCUCAAGCAAGAAAAAGUCCCUUUUCAGACCUUCGACAUCCUUACAGAUGAUGAAGUGAGGCGGGGACUAAAGGUGUUCUCCAACUGGCCUAGCUAUCCUCAACUCUAUGUGAAAGGAGAACUUAUUGGGGGGUCAGAUAUUGUACUGGAGAUGCAUAAAAGCGGGGAACUGAAAAAGAUUUUUGCCGAGAAAGGGAUUGCUCCGAAAGAAACACUAGAGGACCGUAUUAAAAGUUUGAUCAACUCAUCAGAGGUUACCCUUUUCAUGAAGGGGACGCCGGAUGCGCCCCGCUGCGGCUUCAGCUCGAAGGUGGUUAAUGCUUUGAGGCAGGAAGGGAUUAGCUUCGGUUCGUUUGACAUACUGUCGGACGAUGAAGUGCGGCAGGGUUUGAAGACAUUUUCUAACUGGCCGACCUAUCCCCAACUUUACUACAAAGGUGAGCUCAUAGGGGGCUGUGAUAUCGUGCUGGAACUGCUUAAUAGCGGUGAGCUCAAAUCCACCCUCUCUGAGUAACUAGCAUAUUUAUCGGCAUCAAAAUAAUGAACUAUGGAACAGUGUUCUCUCUAUAGCAUAAGUGUUCGAUCUGAGUUAGACUAUGUUAAUGUGUUCAGGAUUCUUACUUUGAGUGGGACUGGGUCCUCCAAAUUGCUACAUUUAAGUGAUGCUUUCUUGAGAGUUACAUUCCUCUUAGUUCUCAUGUCUUAAUAGACUUUAACUGCUGGUGAUGAAUGCGACUUCUGAAAAAUCCCUUUUUUUUGGCCGUUUGUAAUGUUUUGCUUUCUGAGUCGUAAUUGGCAUAUCAAUUGAUAAAUCAUUUGUAGUUA